AUGAACUUCGACACCCAGCGAGGGCUUACUGCGCCACUGAGUCAAAUCGUCUUCGAGCAAUACUCCAGUGAUGGCCGAAUGGGCUUCGAGCAGUUCAAGAGCAUGUGUGCUGACAAGGACUGGUGUGAAGACAUCGAGGACGAUGAGAUGGCAGCAGCAUUCGUUCGCAUGUCUGGGGAGUCCAGUGGAAUCGAGUAUUCGGAAUUUCUGGCAUGGUGGAAGUUACAAGACGAGCGCCAGAAGGGCUUGAAGUUCAAGUCGACGGAGGAGAAGGACUUCGUCCAGCGUGUGAAGAAGUCGUUCUUCCAGGGCACGGGCGGCUGUGCCAGGAUGGACAUCCUCGACUUCCAGCAGAAGUGCUACAUUAAUGGGUAUUGUUUGAGCGAGGAGGAAUUGGAACAGGCCUUUGCCGAAUUGGACAAAGAUGGCUCGGGCUACAUCGAUUUCCCGGAGUACUUGCGUUGGCGGCAGGAGGAUGAUCGGUUUGCGCACCUGCUGCAUGAUGCCAGCGACCAACACUCGCAGUACAUCCACCAGGUUGGCGAGUUUUUCCGUGCGUAUGAUGAGGAAUUAACGGGGCAGCUCUCAAUUGAGCAGUUCCGUCCUCUCUUCGACAGCCUCGUCGAACAGGGGGAGGUGACCGAAACCUUUGACAAAGUCAUUCAUGAGGUCGACUCAAAUGGUGACGGAUCCGUCUCGUUGAAUGAAUUCAUCAAGUGGUACGCCACCACUUGGGAAGACCCCGUGGCAAGCGAUGAUGAAGACUGCGAGGCUGCAUAG